UAGGUGGCGUUUAGAGCUCGUGUCGUGUCACGUUACCUGGCAGACGGAAGAUUCAGCCAUUUCGAGCAAGUGCUCUUCGCUUCACCUCUGUCUUUUACAAGAUAAUCAAUUUAAAAUACAAAUCUCACGGAAAUCUGCGUACACAUUUAAUUCAGUUCGUCGCUCAUCGGUGUGGUUUUUAAUAACUGUCGCUAUUUGUCAUUGUGGGUGCGGCUCUGAUAGGGCAAAACGGAUUUAUACGGAUAUUUAUAACUACAAUUUUUACGUUUUUCACCUGUUUUCUUCAUCUACGCAAUCAACAUGAUACGUCCAUAUCUGCUCGUCUUACUACUCGUGCAUGAUGUGUUUGGUUGUAUUUUGGUUAUGACACCAGAUGUGAUGGAGGGCGAGUCUGUUACUCUUGACUCUUGUUUUCCCAAAAUACAGACCGAAGAUGAGUGGGAGUGGAAGUUUGGUGGCCCUGACGGUGUUACUAUAGUUAAAAAUGGUUUAAUAUAUGACACCGUUGAUGGGAUAUUCAAUAACCGACUGCAGCUGAACAGUCAGACCGGAGAUCUCACCAUUAGAAACACCAGAAUCAAACACACUGGAGUUUAUGAUCUAAAGAUCUUCAACAGCACACACACACGUGAACACAAGAAAUUCAAUCUUACUGUCCUCGAUCCGAUUCCUCCGAAAGUGUUUGCGGUGGAGGGAGAAUCUGUUACUGUGACCCAUGACGUUGCUGACGUACAGAAAUACAAUUUGAUCUGGUGGACUUAUGAAAAAAUUCUCAUAGCUAAAAUCAAUACAAAGGGGGAGUCCAACAAACCGUGUUGUGAAGAUGUGUUAGAGAGUAAAUUCAGGGGCAGACUAAAGUUAGAUAAUCAGACUGGAUAUCUCACCAUCACAAACCUCACAAUCGCAGACGCUGGACUUUAUAAACUACAGUUGAUUAACAAUGUUCCCAAAUACAGGACGUAUCGUCUUAUAGUUAGUGGGUCGGGUUCGUCAUCAAAAUGGAUCUAUGUCGUGGUCGGGGUGGUGCUGGGGGUGCUGGUGGUGGUGCUGGUGGCAAUCUUUUUGAUUAAAAGAAACCAAAAAUCUAAAAGUGUUGUGUAAAGAUGAUGAUGGUGAACAUCCUGAAAAGCAGUAAUUAAUAGCAUCAGUUAGUUGUUUAUAACAUCAACUUGCUGUGUGCUGUAGAUGUGCUGUUGAAGGGCAUCUCUGGUUGCAUUUGUGAGAAAGUUUGCAUUUAUUGCUGAUGUUAAAAAGUAAAAAAAAAUAUUAUUUCUUCAUGCCUGUUGCCUAUCGGCUGGUGUUUGACUUGCUCAUGCUUCAUGUUGUGGGACUGCCGAUAUAAAAGUUCUAAUGAAAAACAUCAUAUAAUCUUAUAAUGUAUAAUCUCUAUAAGCAGCUGUUUUUGAUGAGUAGUUGUGAUCCUGACAGCUACUGAAUGUAAAUGCUGUCUUGAGAGCGGAUGUAAAGACGCCAGGACAUUUUGCUUUUUUAGUUUAUCACAUAGAUUGUGUUUUCAGUUAUAACUGAUCUGCAUUCAUGCUGAUGUUACUCUGGCCGUUUCUCAAACCGAAGGCUGCAUCCUCCGGAGGUCGCAUAUGCAUACGUUAAAGUAGCUGGUUAAUUUAACUUAACAUAGCAUUACAUUCGCAAGUCAUAAGCUCAUAACAACAAUUUACGAUUAACUUAGAAUAAUAGUCAACUUUAUAAUUGUUAAUAUUCUGAAUUAAGAUAGUCUUGAUGACGUAUACAGCCGUGAAAUGCGACCUCCGGAGGGUGCAGUCUUCGGAUUGGGAAACGGCCUUUAUUGAGAUGUAUACACUACUGGCCUCUAGUGGACAAUCGAUAAACAUGCUUAUUUUCCGUUUUCAGCCCAUCUUAAUUGUUUACAUUUUUAAAGUGAUUUUUUAUUGAAAUUCAUUGUGUAAUAUAAUUGCCAAAUUUAUUUUUUAUUACAAACUCCUUAAGUUUCCUUUUUGUUUAUAGUCCAAUUGCCUUGACUUUUUUGGUUCUCAUGUGUUUAUACAUGACUUAUAAUUCAGCUCGAAUUAAAGAUCUUUGUUCUA